AUGGCAAAUGAUUUUUGGAAUAUAUUUAGUAUUUUAACUGUAGUAUUCUGGUUUACAGGGUUUAUUAAAAUGUCGGAACAAAAAACGGUUAGCAGUUCUAGUGCUUUAUGCAGCAAUGAGGAUCAUUGUACGGAACCCUUUAAGAAUCGAUCACGUUACGAUCAUUAUCGUAUUUAUAAUGUGGAAUUGGCAACACAACAGCAUGUGGAGCUUUUUCAAAAACUAGAGGAGCAAAGUGAUAGCUUGUCGUUUAUAGGUCAUGCUCGUGAGGUGGGACAGAAAUUGUCAAUUUUAGUUGCUGCCCAUAGAGUGGCGGACUUGGCUGAUUUACUUGAGCACUAUCAGGUCAAACAUCGUAUAUUGACCUACAAUUUCCAAGAGAAAAUCGACAAAAACUAUGCUUCCGUUUUACCCAUUGGCACAGAUCUUUUAAAAUUCGAUUGGCAUCACUACUAUCAUCUGGAAACAAUUUACGAAUGGUUGCAAUCGUUAGUGGUGAAAUAUCCCAACGUAGUAACACUACUCGAUAUGGGCAAUAGUACACAAGGCUUUCCCAUUAAAGGUGUUAAAAUUUCCCAUAAUCCCGCUAAUAAAGCCAUAUUCAUAGAAGCGGGCAUACAUGCUCGAGAAUGGAUAGCUCCCGCUACGGCUACUUUCAUAAUCAACUCACUAUUAACCUCAAACGAUGAGAGUGUACAAAGUUUGGCCAAAACCUACAAUUGGAUUAUAUUCCCCAGUAUUAAUCCAGAUGGUUAUAAAUUCACCUUUGAACACGAUCGUAUGUGGCGUAAGAAUCGUCAAUUAUUUGGUAUCAGUCGAGGAGUUGAUCUAAAUCGUAAUUAUCCUGAUCACUGGAAUUCCACGGGCAGCAGUAGUGAUCCCAGUCGUUAUGAUUUUUCAGGACCAACGGCUGGCUCUGAGUUGGAAACACAACGUCUAAUGAAAUUUGUGGAGGAUAAUGUGGGAAAAGAACAAAUUAAAACCUAUUUAUCCUUACAUUCAUAUUCGCAAAUGAUUAUGUUCCCCUAUGGUUACACCAAGGAGCAUGCUCACAAUUACGAUGACUUAAAGGAAUUGGGUCAAGCGGCCUCGAAUGCUAUAAAGGAAUUGACCGGUCAACAUUAUACCAGUGGCAGUAAAAUUGAAACUAUUUAUCCCUCCAGUGGCAGCAGUAUAGACUGGGUUUAUGGCGUGCAAAAAAUACCCAUUGCCUAUACUUUUGAAUUGCGUGGUCCACCCGAUAGCCAAGACAUGUUUAUUCUACCAGCCGAAGAGAUUUUGCCUACAGCUCAGGAAGCUUUUGCUGCUGUUCAGGCAAUUGUUAAGGGUGCUGCUGCUAAAGGUUAUUAUAAUUAAUCUUAGAAAAUGUUAAAGUGAAAGUAAAAGAGAACAGCAACAACUGCCUGUAUUUAGAUAUUGCAAUAUCUAUAAAAAGUUAAAUAUUGUGUUUUUUUAUUUCUUUAAUAAAUAUUUUUGUAUGCAUAA